GUUUUUGUUUGGGUGUCCGCCUUGUUACAUACAUUGAUGCUCUUCUGAUUUGACAAACCCCCUGGUUCAUUCACACAACGACGACGACAUGAGUGGCAGUGUUCGUGGCGGCACUGCGCACUUGCUGGCGCCUCGCCUCUGGCACGUGGAGCCGCUCGAGGUCGCAGACAUGCGGCUGGUCAUCUGCUUCAGUGCCGGCUUUGCCAACGACCACGUUAUGUAUGAUUCAAACUUGCACGGGCCACAAGCCCGGCGACCUGCUUCAACUACGUUGAAGCCCGCGGGUCCAAACGACAGCGAACUGCUGCGACGCAUGCUCUUUGGGUCAGCGCCCAUGGCUGUCGUUGCUGACAGCACCAAACUGCACGAGAUGGCAGACGGCAAACAGUUUAUGGUCUCCAGGCUCUGGCCCGAUGAGCUCAUUGAGCCACUGCUGCAAGGCACGACAACGCCACGGCGUUCUUCCCAAGCAGCCGUGACACCGAUCGCGGCCACCCCGCCAAAGGUUGUGAAGCGGCCAUCAUCGUCACAGCUCAAGCAGCGCACGUCAUCCCAGCGACGCAGCACAGAGGGCUCAGAGUUUGACUUUGCGUCUGUGCCGCGUGGUGUCGACUCGCCACUAUCGCCACCAUCCCGCCGCUCCCCAUCCGUCUCUUCCCGCGGGUCAUCCGCAGAUGUGCGCUCAAACCUCAGCCACAGGAUAUCGCGGACGAUUGUGGUUGGACAGGAUCCGGAGCGCGUGCGACAGUUUCUGUUCAUCAUCACGUAUUUCCUUCGUUGCAGUGAAGUGUUUGAGUUGAACGUCGCACCGCAGGGGCACGCACUCGUUACGGAACAACAGCUGCAGCAGGGCGAUGGUGGUGGUGGUGACAGUGGUGGUGGUGGUGAUGGUGAGGACAUGGAUGUCGGCGAAGACGGUGUAUUGGGAGAAGAAGCACAUGCCACCACCACCACAACCGAUAGCAGCCGCCAUGGCAAUAGCAGCAGCAACAGCAACAAUAGCAGUGGCUGCGGUGGUGCGCAGUUGAAGAGUGGUCAGGAGAGCGCGUGCAACGGCAGCUCUGUGACCGGCAGUGAACCUCGUGCAAAGGACAUGACGCAAGUGGAUCUCCGGUCCAGCGAAUGUGUGCGUGUGUUCCCGGAUCUGUCGUCCACUGCUGUGUCGUCACGUCUUCAGGCCAUGUCACAUGCGGCGCUGCGGGCAAGCCCCGAUAAGGAGCAUCUCUUCACGCGGUCACUGGGGCGCUCGCUGCAGUUGACAUACACGCACACGUUUGUGACGGGCGCGGUGUUGCAGGGGCUUCCACGACCAAACUUCAUGCCCAGCCUGGAGCAGGAGUUGCGGUCGUUUGUUCGGUUUGGAAUCUUUGGCGAACCCGUGUCUGUUGCGUCAUGCGCCAUCAUCAACACAGACACAAAUGAUGUUGAGGUGGUGACGGUUCGACCAGAUGCAUGUGUGCAGCACUGGCCCAUCGGCCUUUCCUCCUCAUCGCUCUUCCCACCAUCGUAUUCGGACCAGUUUGUGCCACCAACACCAGCGCCACCGCUUGCACCGAGCACACCACGCUCCACACCACCAUCAACAACAGCGCCCGCCACCACUUGCGCUGUGCCGUCGCCGACCUCGCUCGGUGUGGCCACAGACGCUGCUGGUGGUGGCGCCACGCUUGCACGCACGGGCACAGUGGCAUCUCGCACGCGCGUGCAAGCGUCUCCUUUGGUCGCGUCAAUGAUCGACGCGUUUGAGGCUGUUGUGGACACGGGCCUGCCGCACGCGCUGUGCUUGGAGCACAUCGAAGACCACCUUACGGUUCGUGUGUGGUGUGAGACCUGGGCUGCCCUCGACUUGUUCUAUGCACGCUUGUUGCUCAUCUACCACUGCCACGCGUACUUGUCGAUGCCAUGA